UUUACUUAUACAACAUCUAACUACAGCGCAAUCCAUCUCAACAAGACAUAAAUACCCUCAAAUCACCCACGAACCAGCUACUCACUCUCUCGCAUACAAAAACUACCCAGUCCCCUUCCUCGCACGCCCAAACCAGACCACAACAAAACAAGACAGAAAAAAACAAUGUCAACCUACACAACCCAACCCCUCUACGGCGGCGCCAUAAAAGGCCUCAUCCCAACAGGCUGGAUAGACGCAAGCACCCUCCGCGAAAUCCCAGAUCACCAAGAACUCUACCUCUCCCCAACAACCCUCUCCUCCCAAAUCAUCGAACUAAACCAAUACGUCCCAAACCCCACCGCACAAUCCACCCUCGCCGCCCACCCCUCCCUCCUCCCAUCCGUGAGUGAUGAUUUAGACCAAGAAUCCACCGACAAAGCCGCCACCCUCCACCACCUCCUCGACAUCCGCGAUCCCGCUGACUCGCUCACUAUCGUUGCGCCGCCUGUUCGUGUCGCUAUGCAUGGGUUUUCUGCAAAUGUGAGGGCGUAUGCGGGGCAAGCUGCUUUUAUUUCGGUGCUGGAUGCGAGGGCUAGCUUGCGGGGUAUCACUUCUGCUUCUGCUUCUGGGGUGGGGGGUGCAGCUGGUGCAUCGGGCGUGGGCGGCGGGGUUGCUGUGCCCGGCUCGAGUGGCGAGGGCACGUUGACGACGACGACCAGUUGCUACUUUCUUUUGGUGCGGUUCGAGGAGCAGGGGACGGAUCUUCUGGUUUUGGUUAACGUUCCUCAGAAGGAGUUUGAGGAGAGGGCCGAUGCGGAGGGGUUGAGGGGGGAAAAUGCUCUAGCGGGGGGGUUGAUUGAGGGGUUGGUUCGGGAGUUGGAGGUGCUUGAGUGGGGUUUGUUUGAGGGUUAG